CCACCCGAGGUCCGACCCAGAAGAACCUGUACAAAAUACAAUGUCGUUUUCCUCAUUGUAAGAGUGUUAUUAAGUCGCAAAUGUGCAAUAAGUAUUUUUGUUUGAGUACAAAUCGUCGUAUUUACCUUCAGUUCUUAUUCAUAAAUGGAUAUUUCCAGGACCCCGCCAAGAUGGAUGAUCUGGAAGAGAAGACGGCAUAUCGUCACCAUCCUGAUGUGCCUAGGAUUCGCAAACAUUUACAUACUGAGGGUGAACAUCAGUAUUGGAAUCGUGGCUAUGAAUUCCCCUUACAACGUUACUCUGAGUAAUGGCACAGUUGUUGAAAGGCAAGAUUUCAAUUGGGAUACUAAGAUGCAAGGCUUGGUUCUCAGUUCCUUCUUCUAUGGUUACUUGUGCACACAACUGCCAGGAGGAUGGUUGGGGGCCAGAUUUGGGGGUAGAACUAUCUUCGGGGUAGGAGUGCUGGUCACCGCGCUCCUUACCAUAUUUACUCCCCUUGCUGCCUUUACCAGCGUCUACGCACUGGUCGCCGUCAGGGUCAUCGAGGGUUUCUUUGAGGGAGGAACAUUUCCAUGUACACAAGCUAUUUACGCACAAUGGGCUCCACCUCAAGAACGAUCACGGGUGAUAGGGUUUACAUUCAUGGGUUCUGCCCUGGGCACAGUGCUGGGUCUGCAGAUGUCCGGUCUCAUCGGCGAUGUAUUGGGCUGGGCAUCCAUAUUUUACAUCACUGGAGCAGCGGGAUUAUUGUGGUCAGCAGUCUGGUUCCUUGUGGUCAAGAACUGUCCGGACGAUGACCCACAUAUAUCUGUUGAAGAGCUCACAUAUAUCAAGAAUUCUCUCGGGAAUAGCCACCACGAUUUAAACAAGCCAGAAAAGAUAACGCAUCCCUGGGGAAAGAUUGUUACGUCACUUCCUCUCUGGGCAGUUACGAUCGCCAACUUCAGUAUCGUUUGGGGACAUUACACCACACUUACUCUGUUGCCGAUGUUCAUGAAAGGUAAAUUUUAA